AUGAAUAAUGAUGGACAUGACUUCCUCAUUGUUAACGAAGCCACCUUGCACUUGAUAAUAACCCUGAAAAUGUCGAAUCUCAUGUGCUGGCUAGGAUUACGUUGGCAGCUGCUGCUGCUGAUCAUCGGCUGCGUGGCAGCGCAGCAGGCGCAUUUUGAGGAUGCGGACAAGUCGAGCGACUAUACGGAUCAGCAGUUCGAUCUGCGGCACACCAUACCAGGCACACCAGGCGUGGACUAUCCUAUACUAAGCGUCGUGCCACAGACCAGCUUUGUAUGCAAUCAACGACACGAAGGCUACUAUGCGGAUGUGGAGAGUCGCUGUCAGGCGUUUCGCAUCUGCGCACACACUGCGCGCUCUCCACAAGGCUUUGGCUUCCUCUGUCCCAACGGCACCAUCUUCAGUCAGCAGAAGUUUGUUUGCGACUGGUAUCGCAAUGUAAACUGCGACGAGUCGGAGCGUUACUAUGAUAUGAAUCGCGAUAAUGUUGUGGGCGACAUGCAGCAGAUGAUGGAGCGUGUGCGUCAAAUGAUGGAAUAUCCAACGCAGACUAUUUCCAAGGCUUUGCAGCAGUCGACGCAAACUCAUCAUACGCUCAGCAAGGAUCUGAGCAGCUUGAGCGGCGUGCUGGCCCAACCAGCCACUGUGCCCGCGCUGCGUGGCGAGGACAUCAAAAGCGAAGCUCUGCCAGCUGCAGCAAGCGGCAGCGGCAGCGCUGCUGCUGAUGUCUAUGUCAAUAGUCUGGGCGAGCUCUCCUCCGAUCCUGGCAUACAGUUUGAUCAUACCAAUGCUCACAUCAUUGCCGAGUAUCCGCGUGAGUAUCAUUUCCAGAAGCAAAAGAAUUUCGCCGCACGCGUCAAUGCCGGACUGGAGCAGCUGGUUGAGGGCAGUGCCUCGAGCGAGCAAAUGACGCCAGACUAUAUCAAGCAAUUACGCACUACUAAGGAUGAGGCACUGCAGCUUGAUUUGGUAGCCAAUAUAAACAAUUUAUUGGAAGAAGCUUCCACCGAUGUGGAGCCGAGUGUGUCAGGCUAUCAAACUUCAGCGCCGCAGAAGCUCAAACAGCCAUUUAGAUUCUUGAGUCGUGGCUUUGCCAUGCAACCAACUAACAACGACAAGAGCAGCGUGAGGAGCAGCGUUAGCUCUUCUUCUAACUACCUUUACAACAGACCCAAGCAGACGUCGGGCAUAGUCAGAUUAACGCCCAAUGAGAUACCCAUUGAUGCUCAUAAAGACACUGAACAUAAGCAUAAAUUCAUUAGCGAUAAAACUACAACAACAACAACAACAACGACUACAACAAAAACGCCAGCGUUGCUAAUUGUGCCAACUUUGCCGCCAGCGUUUGCAGCAGACACAACAACAAAGCAGCCAACAACUUAUGCAUUUAAAGCUCAAAGUAAUUAUGAGACUCACUCAGCACUUUCUCAGUCGCUGGCUGCAGCGCUUACGGCCAGCGCAGGACUCGCUGAACAGGCAGAGCCAGCCAAACACGACGUGGAGCAGGAGGCACAAAAGUUAUUGCUGGCGGGCGUCAAGUUGACUUCACUUGCGGAGCAAGCUGCUGUGCCCAGCAGCACGACUACAGUUAGACCCAGAACCACCGCCAGCUUGAGCAGCAGCACCAGCGCCAUGAGCACAUCCACGGAGACGGUCACUGAGAUCAGCAGCACACAGGAGCGCAUACGCAGCUAUAGACGUUUCUCACAGAAACGUGUGAGCAACAAUUUGCGUCGUCAAGGGCCGCAGCGCGGCAGCAGCACAACAGCGCGACCAGUGACAAUCAGAAGUCGCAGCACAACGACAACAAUAACAGCUCCAAGCAGCACGACGCCAACGCGCAGCUAUGCAGAUCGCCUGGCAGCAAGUCGCUUGCGACUGUCACGCUUGUCGUCUAGCACAGCUAAAACCACAGCAGCAACAGCUACAACAACAAGAGCAGCAGCAACUACAAGCAGCACGGCAGCAACAGCUUUAGAGCCUUUGAUUGCUGGCGUCGAACAGAGUCCAAACAAGAAGCUCAUUGUGCGUGAUAUAGAAAAGGAAACUAGCCAGCGACGCGGCAGUUUUGAAAGCGUGCAAAACAAUCUGCAGCGUUUUCAAUUGCAGCGUGGCAAUCGCGUCUACACGCCAGCAACACGUGCCAGCAGCAGUAGAAGCAGCAGCACCACAACCUCCUCAGGACCAACAACAGUGAGAACCACUGUGCAGCGUGGACGCAAUCGUCAAGUUAGCUACAGAACCCAAGCGCCAUUGCAGCGCACGCGUGCACCUACAACACCCCGCAGCAGCGGCAGCAGCAGCACAACAACAACAACAGCUCCUCGCACUAGAGCAACUGCAACUACGUCAGCUGCUCUGUCCACAUUGUCACAACAAAUCUCAGCCAUUGCCUCUGGCUACAACUACACACCCGCACCCCCCUUGAACACACUCACACUCAAUCAUAACGCAUCACCAACUUCCACACAAAGCACUUCCAGUCUAUCCACUUCCAAUGCUUUCCUGCCCUUUGAUAAGUUAACUCGCGCCAUUCACUAUCAAAAGCAGCAGCAACAACCACAACGACAACAACAGCAUGUUGUUAAGCCCAACAGCUUCAACUUUGCAAAGCCAACGGCAGCAGCAGUCACAACUGCUCCAGCUGCAGUUGGUUUGACUUUGCCACAACGCACGCAGCAGCAACCAAUCGUGCUGCCAACAAUUCCUGGCAUUGUUAUUGCACGCGCAGAGGGACAACGCAUUGAGCCAAAUGCUGCUGGCAAUAUUAUUCAGAAUCUGGUCAAUAAGCCGCAGACCAAGAGCACGCCCGCAAGUUCUUAUGUAGCAUUGAGUGAUUUUCUGACAACGAAGUUUGGCAGCACGGAUGCUGCAAGUCCCAGUACCUUGCAACAGCAGCAGCAGUCAUUUAAUCAGCAACAUCAACACCAGCAGCAGCAUCAACAGCAGCCACAAAUGCAGCACCAACCCAUAAGCUAUCAAAACCAAUACCAGCAACAGCCUUAUCGCCAACAGCAGCAGCAGCAAUUUAACCAACAGCAACAACCAGCUGCGAUGCCAGCAAAUCAGCAAACUUCGAUACAAGCCAAUCAGCAACCUUACCUAACGCCAAAUGUAUUCUUGCCCUACAAGCAACAACAGCAACAUUUGCCUCUUUUCCCACCACUAGCUAUUGGCGCAGCAGCAACUACACUUGGGCACAUGAAUGUGAAUUUGCCAACUCUGGGCAAUGGCCUACUACCCUCACCCACAUUACAGGUGGCGCAGCGUCGCAGCGAUAUAAACGUCAAUGAGUUGCCAUUGAGCAACAUAGGGAAAGCAACCGCCUCUGGCUCGGAGCAAGCGCGUGAGAAUGCAUUCUACGCCGGUCGCACCUCCUACCAGGUGCCGCAGAGCAGCAUUGGUCGUCUGCCCAACGAUAGCAUCUCCCAGCUGAUGCGUCAACGCCGAUAUCGUUAUUGA